AUGCAGGGUGGAGACACUUUCCCUGGAGCAGGGCUUGGCAGAAGGUCGACCGUUGGACGCAAUGGUAUAUAUUUCUAUUCCAACAAAUUUCGGCUGUGUUUAUCUUGAGUAUGUUUAUCUUUUCGAUCCAUUGAAGCAUUUUUUGGAGAGAAUUAUGUACCAAGGGUAAAUAGGUGGGUGUUUCUGAAGGGUAAGAAGAAUGUACUUGUUGGUUUUUCUCAUGCUUUGGGUCGUUAAGUUUCAGCUUUAAUUAGUUUCUGAUUGCAACAUUUUAAUGUGUACGUUACGUUUGACACAUGCUAUCACUCCUGAUCUGACUUGUUGAUUUUGAUCUUCAAUUGAGCAACCUUAGGCAAUUCCAUAAUUCAAUUCACUUCAGGGGAAUAAAGAGUAGAGGAACACUGGAUAACAGCUGGACAACUAUUGUACUUAGCUUAUAUAUGUAUCGAUCUUUGCUUCCAGUAAAAUUUGCAAAAAUGGCUCAAAUCGAGAAGCAUUUAAAUAUGCUUAAUGAUGUUUCAUCAAUUUUCAAUUGUCAGCCUCAAGUCGAGCAUCUUUGGACCAGGAUUUGGACUCUAUUCUAAGUGGUGGUAAUGAUGGUAUGUGUUGAAUUUGUUCUUCUUACGUGAAGACAAAAGUAUUUUUACCUGCUUGAUGGCCUGGGCUACCACACUGUAAUAAAAUGCCUCAUUCAUUACUAUACUAAGGUUUGUAUCUUUCUCACGUAAUAUUUGUUGUUCAGAUGAUCUAUUUGGUGCAAGUGCUCAACAGCAACCAAAGGCCAAAGGGAGGUCUGGAACUUCAGUAAGUUUUGGUGAAGUUGCCUUAUGAUGUAAAGUGUGUAUAUGCCUGCUGUUUUCAUCAUUGUUAUCAUCAUCUGUUCUCAUUACAUGUAUAGGGGUAUAAGGCAAAUAGUUUCAUCUUAACCUUUGAACCCCAGAAGUGACUAGUAUCUAAUAUCUUUACAUAGUAUUAUCACUGAAUCAAACUAGCUUUAGAGUCAUGACAAUACAGGAAAUGAUCAACAAAUGAAAAGGGAAGGCCUUUUCAUCUCAGACUUCUUUCUAGAGCCCAAAUUAAUGCACCUUUUGUUUAGUUUGUGAUGUCAAAAAGGGACUAGCCAGGACUUUGGAUUUAUAAUUUACAUUCUGACAUUUAGAAAGACUAAAAUUUGAGGUCAUCAUAAAUUACCACAAUAAAUAUUGACAAUUUUUCGACUGAGCUACUGAUCCAUUGAUCUUUUAAUUAUCCUAACCUCUCUUCCUUCCACAAGGGUCCUGCCAAGAAGGGAACACUGACGUCAGGGUAAUGCAAAGAGAUUUCUUACAAUUUAAUAAACCAUAUCACCAAUGGUUGAGUUGACUGAAUCUCAAUUAGGUUUCUUAGAUAGUGUAAGAUAAUGAACCAUCAAUUACAGAGCUAUUUUGGUGGUAGAGAUGCUGUUAAUCAGUCUCAUAGCUUGACACAAUUCAUAUUUCCUACUGUUCACCAUCAACCCCCUGCCUUAUCAGUUAGGCCAUAUUACUAUUUACUAGGCUAAGUAAAUAAUAGUUAUUCAAGGGUUUGAUGUAUGUAUCAAACAGACAUGAUGCAAAGUCAACAGUGUUUUGGUAUUGGUUUUGCAAUUCUCUUCAGUCUUCUUAGCUACCUCUUCAGUUGAUAACUUCUUAUACUUGGUACCUUGCACACUAGUGGGCAAAGGUUACCACCUGCUGGCUCUAACAUGCCCUGUUAAACCAUCUUGUGCAACCAUUUUAUUUAUACUGGACUGGUAUGGGUUUUAAUAAAUAAAAACCUUAUUUUAAAUGUUUCCCUUUAUAGUGCCACUGAUGAAGACUUUUACAGUAGUCUGGCUCAGAUGGCUGGUAGUGACAUUGAAGAUGAGGAUGAGGUAAGAGAUUAUCUCACUAUAUACCCUCCUUGGCCAUUUUUGGGAUUUCUUGAUGAUCAAUUUAAUGCAAUUUUUUUAUUUUGGUUCUGAUUUCUUUGUGGACAGUCACUGUCUGAGGCAGAUGCCAAAAAGAUGGCUGACAGUCUUGCUGUGAGUAUUGAUUUAAUUUUUAUUAACAUUCUCAUCCACUGCAGUUGUAUUCACAAUUUGACAGCUUUUUCUUCACACUUAAACAUUGUCAUCCUGCAGGAGCAUUGUUGAGACCUGCGAUCAAUUUUUUAAUCUUAACUUUAAUGAUCUGAUUUGAUCCAAUUCUCCUUUUCUCUUCUAUACCUUUUUUUGUAAAUUGGUAGAGGGAAUUUGGUUUUUCAUCAGGAUACCACCUUCUAGCCAAUGGGUUUGUUUAUCCUCAUUACCUCCCAGCUGGAUAACAUAUGGUUGUUGUGAUGAGAAGUUAUGAGUUGAUCGCUUCUGAGAGUUAAAAGGAGAAAUUUACAUUGUAAGAAUGUGUUUUCCAGGGUCUUGAUGACAUGGAAUCUGAUCUCUUUGGAGGAUCCUUGGGAAAGAAAAAUACAGUAAGCAAGUCUCCAAAACCUGUAAAGGCUGCAUCAGAACAGAAGAAGAUCAAUGCUGACAGUAAACUACCCCCUGCAACCUCCUCUACAACAGAGUCUGCUAAAUCCAAGAUGGCAUCUGCAUCAUCAUCAUCAUCUACAAAAAGUAUAUCUGUCUUAGGUUCUCAUCUUUUUACAGACACCUUUUCUUCUGUUACUGUCAAAUGGCAACUUUUCAAAUCUGACAAUCUUAAGAGAAGUUGUGCAAGCAAUAGUGCCAGUGAAUGUAGGCCUCUUCCAUGAAUGACUAAAUGCUGAUGAUCAAUUUUUUAUGGGCUUGCUAAUUAGCUCUUUGUCCUUGCGUUUAAUUUGGGAAAACUUCUAUUGAUUUUCACAAAGCAAUGUACAUGUACAUAAAAGAAUAACUACUAUAUGUAGGCCCACCACCCUAAAAUCAGUAUGCAUAUUCUCCUUACUGUUCUCUAUACAUUUCCUUAGGUGUUGACAAGGAGAAAUUGUUUUCUAACAAUCAGGAGCUUCUCGGCAUGUAGUUUGUGAUCAUUUUCUUUAUUCUCCUGACCUUCAAGUUUGAUUCAGGGGUGUUAGUGUGAGGAGAAAUUAGAUGCCAGUGCUCAAAGCCAGUUCACAAUUGUAACUGGAAAGCCAUUGAACUCUGCAAAAUGUGUCCUAUAUAAUGAAGUUUAAUAAUUUAUUAACUCAGCUCAAUGGAGUGUUUUAGAAAUGUAUAUCAAGUAUCAAAUAUAUACAAAAAAUUAACAGUUAUUUUACUUUCAGCUGGUGAAUCUUCCGAAAAAGCAACUUCCAAGCAAGAUUCUGUCAAGGUGAAGGAAGUGAAAAAGCCAAGGAAAAAAUUUGACUUUGGAGGUGUGCAAUCAAUGUUAUUUGCAUUACUUAUAGGAAAACGUACACCCUUAUUGAUUUAAGACUCAUGUUGAUCUCUUACCCAGGGAUUUGCUUAAAAUUACGUUUACUUAUUAGUAAACCUUUAUGCCCUUGUAUCAGUAUGCAUAUUCUCCAUAUUGUUCUCAAUAAAUUUCCUAUGGUAAUGACAAGGAGAAUUUGUGUAACAAUCAAGAGCUCCUCUGGUGUGAUCAUUUCCUGUAUUCUUAUAACCUUAAUGUUUGACUCUAUAGUGAUGCUGUAAGUUGAAAUUAUAUGCUAGUCAUCCUUAGGGUUAAUGGGUUAAUUUAUCCCUCAGUUACUCAAACCUUUACAGUUCUUGAACCUCGUCUGCUAACUUGGAUAGAUUUUUUUUCCUGAUCCGGGUCAUUGUCUUAACAAGUUAUUUUUAUUAAUUUUGUCAAACAAAACGUCAGAUAUUUUGUUUAUUGAGUUACAGUAACACUCCAGAACUCUGUUUACUAUUGCAUGUUUGAAUAAGUUGACUCUGAAAUCUUUCAGAGUUUGAUGAAGAUGACCCCUUGGCAGGCCUGUUAUCUGAUGAUGAAGAAGACCCAAAACCCAAGCCCAAGCCUAGGAAGUCUUCAGGUUCAAAGAACAGUGGUUCGUCUGCAAUAUCUAGUCAAGGUUUGUAGUGGACUGUGAAAAGUCUUUAAUUUUAGGCACAAGUCAUUUUGCCUUUUCAUCAGUUGUGGCAAUUAAACCAGUUUAAUACAUACCUCUUACUAACCAAGUUUGAAGUCUGUACUGUAAGUUACAAACAAAGUUUUUUCCACUUGGGUUUAUGGUCUGAUUACGAUAUCAAGGACAAGGUUUUUCAACUAAACUUGGUGGAAGUUGAAAGGUUGCCAGAACCUUGGGUAAUAUUCUUGGAUAAUUAGAUACAGUAAAUUUGCCUUUUUGGUCAUUAGAAUAGGUAGCUGAGUGUUUCAUGUAGCUCACUGCACUCUCCUAGGGCAAGUGGUGUACAAGGUAUAUGUGAAUACAGGCCCAUUUCAGGAAAUUUAUUUCUUUUUAUUUUGCCACCUAACAUAAAAAGAAGGAAGAUUACAGCAAUCACAAAAUUUAGGAAAAAACUGGCAAUAUGUGUACUACAAUACAUAUUAUGUACUUCCUUUAUAACCUUACGUUUUUAGAUUCCACAGAAGAGAGACCAUCGUCUUCAAGAGGGCGUCGGCCAGCCAAUCAGGAAUCAGCAAAUACACCAUCACCUCCUGUUACACCAGAACAUCAAGCUGCUCUCAGGGGGGGAAAAAAUCAAAGUGAUACUGUAUCUUCCCCCCCUGAAUCACCAGAAGUAACAUCAGAUAUCCAGGGGGGAGAGGUAACACCCUCUCAAACUACACCACGGGAAAAAGGAAAAAGAAAGCCUAAUGGUAAAUGUUAAUAUCAUUAUGAAAACGCCUUGUAUGUUUCUUGUGAUUACUUGUAACAUCAAUAUUUUCACGUCACCAAUCUUUUUGUGUCUUAGCUGGUAAAGCAAAGCCAAGUAAGGAAGAGAUUAAUUUUGACUCAGAUGAAGAUUUACCAGGUCUGGAUGACUCGCAAGAAAACACUCCUCGAGAUUCACCCAUUCCUCCCACAAGAUCAAAGAAAGAGCAAACAAGCAAAAAGGAAACACAGGGCACAUCAGGGGAUAUAUUUGGAGACGAUGAUGACCUGCCUGGUACUGGUAUUGCAAAAAUGUUGUCAUAAUGUACAGUAGAAGCUGCAUAGCGCCAUUUCUUGAUAUGUCACGUCAGCUAUUUUGGUUGCGUGUAAUAUGAUUAUGAAAUCGAAGAGAAGCGAAACGGAGUAUAAAAAGAAAAUUUUAAAAUACGAAUCCUUUCACUCCAGCCUAAGAUCUCAGAUGUAAUUCUCCUUACUAUCAGCCAUACAUUUCUUAGAAUGUUAGUACUGAGAAUUUUGUGUCGGUGAGAUACUUUCACCCUGUUGACUUUUUAUUUAAGUUUAUCUCCUCUGAGUCUCUGAGUGAUAGCAGAAUACAGGAAUUUAAUCAAUGUCAAUUAUCCAAUCGUAAUCGAUUGCCAGCGACUGAUUUUCCGAUCAUCGAUUUUCAUCGAUUGUUUCUUUACUCGAUCCUAUAAUGAGGAAUUACAUCUUGUUUAUACCUGGGAGUGAAAGGGUUAAGACCGCUUGCAAUUAUUUUUUAAGAUUAUGUAACUGACGUCAAAAUUAAAUGAAAUCGUGACGUAUCCCUGUGCUGACUUAAUUCAAAAUGUUGAUGAGCUUCAGCUGUUUCACAGACCGAUGUAACUUCUAUUUGAAAUUUGACAGAAACCAGAAGUGACAGCCCCACAAGAGGCUCUCGUUUCAGCGAACUGCUUGGUAAAAAGGAAAAAGAAGAAACUAAAAAACAAGUUCCUAAAUCUUUAGACGACUUCAUGGCCAACAUAAGCACAAAGCCUCCGGCAGCAGGAGGCACAACAAACAAGAAAGGUAUGGCGGAAACAUACAUAUUAACCCUUUUAUCUCCCUGAGUGACCAAACAGGAAUUUCUCCUUACCGUAAUAAAACAUUUUCAAACGGUAAGGUGAUGAGAAUGAAUGGGAAAUAUCAAUAGGAGGUAUUUUUUCAUUUAAAUGCUAAUUAUCAGAGCAAAACUUGUCAGAAAUGUACGGCAGACAGUGCGGAGAAUUGAUAUUAGAUCUUGAGAGCGAAAGAAUUAAGGUCCCAACCGAAUUAACGCACUUUCGAAACAGAGUUGUUCACUUCCUCGAAGUCACUCACGGAUGUGUUAUAAUAGUCGUUCUCAGUUCAGCUUUCGGAGCUCAACAUGCAGAAAAGCUCGGAACCGUUGCUUCUGGCAAUUUUUUAUCCAGAUUUAGCGAUCUAAUACUCUGAAUUCCCUGCACGGAAGCCGCAAAGAACGUUGUAAGUUUAGACCCAGUUCAGUCAUCUGUGCAAGCUGAGGUAAUAUGAAUGGCGUUUGUUAACGUGCGCGUUUAACUUAUCUUGGUCCAAGUAUACUUAGGUUAAACUUUAUAUGUUGCAGUUUCCAGUCCAACUUCUGAGGAGUCAUUCCAGUUUGGUGGUUACAUGCCAUCUGCAGCCUCCAGUGGUCGGUCGCGCAGUCGAGGAGGCCUGGCAAGACCAGACACAGCCCCCAGCUCCACCAAGCGUUCCGUGCGGUUUUCAGAUGACCUGGGACUAGAUGAUGAACUAUUUGGAGGUGAGAGGCCCUCGACAGCUCCGAGUCAGAGAUCACCCGGAAGGCAAACAAAAAGAGAUGAAAAAGAUGAAAAAGUCAGUGGAUCGUAUUUAGAUGAUAAAGACCAGAAACCAAAAGGAGACAGCAAUCCAACUAAAGGACAAGCGAGGAAUAAUGGUGGGUGUCUACUGGAGUGAAGUAUUCCACCGUGCAUUGGGACAAUCAGCCAAGCACAUCACAGAUAAUGUCUUUCAAUAAUUUUCGGCUUUUCCCGGUCGGAUCGCAAAAAAUUGCUCUUCCUAAUAAACCAACAAGGAGCGAGGAUGGCUAAGAACGGCGAAAAUUGAGAUUAUAAAAUGACAAAUUUGUUUUAAAACAAUUGCUAAAUUUCUAAAAAUGAAAUAUCCAUGGCGUUUCUCCUUUUAAUAGAAAGAGGGAGACUCUCAGGUGAUUGGCUGAACGGGAAUAUCGCAUAAUUGUAAUCACACCAUUCGUCCACAAUUUUUUCCUUACCCGUAUACCAUUUUCAUUUGAACUUAUCAUGGGUUUGUUCAUCCAAUUUUGCCGUUACAUAUUUUUAGAAUGUGUUUUUUCUCUUUUGCUUUAGAAGAAAGCAAGAUCGAACAGAAAAAGAAUCUACAAACUGAGAAACCAAAAGAGGACAACACGCCUGCUACACACGGUAUUACGGUCUGAUUAUUUAAUGAGUGAAUCUGGUCGGUAGGCUUGAUUUCCGCCGUUUUCUCGUCUCUGGUCUUCAAUCCUCCCGAGAAGGACCACGGGAGGAGAGCGCGGGCUCAUUUCUUAACAGCAGCUGGUAAUCGAGCCUACGGGGUGCGGGGCCACUGUGAAAUCCUGAGGAAAUACUCUCAGACAUUGACAUUAUCAUUCGACAUACCAGCAGCGGUUGAGACACGAUAGCCAGGUCAUUUGAGCGCUUGGUUCCAUAAAGAGAGAUCUGGACUUCCGUUUCGGCCCCCAUUUUGCUGAGUUUCUCAGCCAGUAACAAUUGGCUCACAGUGCUCCCUCUCCGCUGAAAAAUAUUACUAGAUUCCAGCGAAGUUUUAGGGAAACUUGAAAUAAUGCUCCUCGGUAAUCCUACUGAGGGGUAGUUACAAUUACAGUACUCCUGGUCGAUUCAUGCUACCGAAACGUGUACAAGCUGCAACAAAAAUUGGUUAUAAGGAUCGUAUAAGGCUCAUAUUUCGAUAGUAGUAGGAUCGCAAGACUUUGCCGCACACCAGUGAGCCCAAAAGAUUUUACUCCCCCUUAUUCUUUGGUCUCAAACGUAGGUAUUUUUGCAGUUUUAUCUGUUUUCAAAGCGUUGUCUUUUUUAUCCCAGGAUCCAAAUUAGGUGGAAGCGGCGGGGGAGACUGGUUAGGACUGAGUGGAGGUGAUGACGACGGAGGUCUGGAUCUUAGUAGUGCUCCUCUCAAAACAAGCACACCAUUUCCUCAGGAGAGCAGAAAGGACACACCCAGCGUGAAAGGUACCCUCUGACUUCAUGAUGUUCGCGUCCCCUUCUGUCUCAAAAUUAAUGCGUUGCGUUUUAUUGUUUUGGUUUAAGCCCCCCUUGAACGUCAGGAGAGGCAGCAAUCACCGCCAAGAAGAGCUGGACGACGCCGGGGGGAUGGUGACAACGAUGAGUUCUUACGCAUGCUGGGAAUUACACCUGAUGAGCCACCAAAACCAAAACAGGUCGAGUCAGCUGAUGACAGUAGCAAGUAAGUUUUUUAGUCAAGCUAAGUUUGCUUUCUUAUGGAGCGUAAAGCCUACAUUGCUUAUUUUCGAAGUUGAUACAUUGUUUAUAUCACUCCAGUUGCAGAUAAUAGUAGAAAAGUAACCAACUGACUGACUGGUGAAUGAUUAACUGAAUGAGUUACUGACUGUCUGUCUGGCUUAUUUGCAGACUUACGGACUGACUGAAGGGUGAGUACCUGACUGACUGACUCACUCACUCACUCACUCACGUAUUGAGCAACUGACUGUCUACCUGUCUGGCUGAUUUGCUGACUGACUGAUUGGCUGGCUGACUGACAGACGUACUGACUUACUCCCUGUCUGAAUAAUUUUAUUGUGUUGUCCAGGUCGUCUUUGUUCCCAUGGGAGUCCCAAGGAGGCAGUCCGAGAAGAGGAAGGCGGAGGCGUGAUCAAGCCAGUCCGCAGUCCUCGUUUGAUGAACCAGACCCUGCAUCCAGCCUUGGAGAACCCCUAGAUAGGCCGCCUCAGGGGGGUCGCUUGGACAAAGAUGACUCUGAAAAGAUAGUGCAACAAUCUUUAAACCAAGAUACAGCAAAACUGCAAACUGAACGGCAAGCAGCUGCCGGAGAAGUUCAGACUAGAAGAGAAUCUGAAACAGCUGUAAUCCACGACAGUUCUUUACCUUCGCCUUCGGCAGCUGUUCCACAAGCGCAAGUAUCAACCUCUGCGUCACAACAGCCUGGUCUUUCUCUCUCGCAGCAAUACUCACUGCAGCCGUACACAACACACCCAAUCCCCCCUCAAGCCAACGUUUCACUGCAAAUGACAGCUCAACCUUCAGCUCAGCAGAUGUAUCCUCAGCCUCAACAUUUCUCUCCUUCACAGUUCCAAACAACUUCUUUUGCCUCAUCUACUGGUCAAAAUACCUCCCAGACCCUUCCAUACCAACCUUAUUACCAGUCCACAGCUGGAUUUCAACCAUCUCCCCAGGCCAUCCAACCGUCGUCGAUAGAAAGGCUUGAAAUGACAAAAUUGAAAGCCGAAAGUGAGCUGCAGCAGAAUAGACUGCUGGAAUACGAACUAGUUAACGAACAGCACAUGCAGCAGAAGACAAGACUAGAAGAAGAAGUGAGGGAGCUUAUGAAAAAGGUACAAGAGAGGGAAAACGUCCGACAGAGAACAGACUUGGACGCUUCCAGUAAAUUGUCAGAGUUGGAAGGGAAGGUAUGAGGUUAGGAGUUAAAUUCCUGGGGAACAAUAACAGAUCUGAUAUUCUAUUAUUAGGGGUUGUGAAUGACCUAUGCAAAAAAAAAAAGCACUUACAAAAUGUUCAUCAAAGCAUACAGGCCUCAAAGUUUCGAGCUUCUACUACUGAUACCUGUCUCGAAGUGUCAAUGUUCGUUGCUCGCGGUUUUCAAUUCACCGUCAAAAGUAAUUCGGGUUGGGUUUGGUUUUGCUUUAAUUUUCCCUAUGAUUGCUUCAGAAAACUCGCGUCACCCUCUCGACCAAUCAAAUGCAAAACGAAAACCAGUAUCACUCGCGUUUUUCCCGCGUUUCAUUGGCUCCUUGCCAUAUUUCCCUUUGCUCUGAUUGGCUGUUGUGAUUACUCUUUUGAAGUGUGUUUUGAAGUUAAAAGUGAAUAUUACUUUACUCGUGAUUCAAAUACAGGUCCGCCGUUAUGAGCUUGAGCGGGAACAACUUCUGACUACGAUUGAAACGUUGAAAACAAGACACAAAGAUGAGCUGGCUAACAUAGAUGCCUCUCACAAGUAAGAUUGUUUCCCUGCUAGAGUGAUGUAUCAGUUAACUAGGCAAUUUUGCAUCUUAUUUUGAGCAACUUAACUAUGUGGGAUUUUCAUUGUCAUAACCAAUCAGCUGGUUGGUCUGAAUACUCCUUCGAAUAGACAAGUAAUAUUUUAUAUAAAACGAUGCGUUCUUCACCAAAUCAAGAAUUCUCUUUGAAAGGCUUUCCACGAGAAGAAAUUUACGAUUUGCUCAUCAACUUCACCUUGUAGCUGGCCAAAAAUUGAAAUCUUACUCAACCUACUCAACCAAACGAGUGCAAAAUUUACGAACCAUUUCAUGAUUUCGUUUGGUUAUUUUUUUUUCAACCAGAUCUCACUUGAAGACCUUGGAGGAAUCAUACCAACGUCGCGAACAAAGGCUACAAGAUGAGACCGACCUUAUCAUCAAACAAAACAGUGAGAAGUUAAAAACUUUGGAAACGGAGAAGGCUGACAUACGAGCAGCUAACAACCGAAAACUUUCAAUGUUAGAGACAGCGAAAAACAACGAGAUAGAAACGUUAAAAGAUCUUCAUCGACGAGCCAUGGAACAAUUACGCCACGAACACGAAGAUGAGAUGGCGCAUCUCCGAAGGCUUAAAGAGCAGGAGGUGUCGGCGGCUACAAGCGCGCAUGCUCACACCAAGUCGCUCCAGUCCCUUAUGGACCACGUUUUAAAUUCGACUCGAGAAGUGAGUGACUUGCGACAGAAGAUUGAGGUUACUCACAAAAGUGGUUUGGAAGAGCGCGAACUCUCCGCAAGAGCUCGGGACGACUACCUGAAACAAUUGCAGGAAAGGUUACUACGGCAGCAAUCUGAGAAUGACGAGGAGAGGACCAGGUUGCAAGGCAAGUUACGUCAGCUCUUACUCUGUGAUCGAAUCCGAAAGGAGAAAAAAAUGAAGAAGUCUUGUAAUGGUCGCAAGAAAUUAAACCAGGACAAAAGCAAACAUUUAAACGAAAAAGGAAACAACUUUGAUAAUAAAACAAAAGAGUGAAACAUUCUGAUUGCCUACCUCUGUAUGAAUUCAAACUUUCAGUAACGAUUUGUUAAUCUUACAGGUCUGGUCGCCAAGAUGGAGUUGCACAUGCGCGAGCAGUCUCGACAGGUUGAUCAAGAAAGAUGGCGUCUUACUCAAGAGGAAUCAAGGUUGAAAGCUGUUCAAGCCGCACUGGAAGACGAGAGACGAAUAACUAUGGAACAGCUCUCCUUGCAAAGAGCUGAGGUACACGUAUAUUAUUGAAAUCUAAUUUCGCGAGUAAAAGCAACGUUUUUCGCGCACGCUGGCUCUGAAAUUAAAGAAAUGUACGACAGUUAGUGAGGAGAAUUUCUUUGCCCAAGUUAAUAGCACCAACCAGUAAACCCUUAUUUAUCAGUGGGAAGUAUUUUCCUUUGGUCGGCCUCUCUUGAUGAGUGAGAUCGCAAGAUAAAACUGGAAUUGCGACUUUCAGUUCAACUUUACCUAAGGAAAUGAAAGUGAGAAGACUGCGCAUUUGUUACUGAAGUCUCACCUGAACGGGAAAAGUACGAUAGACGCUGUCAUUUUUUUUUACAUUUUUAGGAAAAUAUAGCGGCGAAAAUAAGAUAGCAUGUUAAUAUUCUGCUGAAGUAAAUCGCAUGCAUUUUGAUACCGACAAAGUCUAAGAUAAGGCUUGAGUAACUUUGGCAAUGAAAGUCUCCAGCAUGUAUUCCUUUUCCCUAAACACUCUGUCCCUUGAUGACGUUUUCUUGCUGACACCGAAACACUGUCUCGAACGUGCGAUCCUGUCUUUUUUCUUCCAUUAGGUACAGCGCGCCCGAGAUGACCUGGUACGAGAACAAAGAACUGCUAUGGGUCAGAUACAAGAAGAGCGGCGAUCACUGGCCACGGAACGAGCCCAGCUCUCCUCUGCUCACAGAGACCUGAUCAGCAGAGAGAAAUUGAAGACUGAGACGAGUGUACAGGUGAGAACGCUUUCGAAUUCUGUUUUGUUUUCUUGGGUCAGGCUAAGGCCGACCAUGGAGAAAUUCAAUUAGUUUUUUUUUUAUGUUUUCUUGGGUCAGGCUGAGGCUGAUCUUGGAGCAACUGCAGUAAAGAUUAAAGAGGACGCCGCUGCCUUGAAUGUAAGGGAGGCUCAGCUGAAACAGCAAGAGGAGAGAUUGAGGAGAGAGCAGGAAGAAUUCGAGCGGAAGCGGAUUGGAUUUGAGGAAGAGAGGGACAGAAUAGGAAAGUUGGGCCUCGAGGUGCAGAAGAGAUCACGGGAGAUCGAGGAACUUUGCGCAGUAAGUUUCCGCUUCCAGAUUUUUUUUUGUAAAUCCCUUUUUUUCCAGUACCUACCUACGAUGAUAUUCAACAACAGACUUGCACUUGCACUCUCAUUAACUAAAUAUUUUUUCUCCUAGGAUGCUGGUCGGGCGCGCAAUGACGGUGAGCAUGCCCUGGAACUAGCAGAACGCGUGCGAGUAAAUGCGGAGGCUCAAAGAGCGGAAGCUGAAGGAAUGUUCCUGGUCGUGCAGGAGAAAGAACGGCAACUGGCACAGGUAUGAUAUUCAGUCAAAUGAAGUAAUAUUAGCAAUAUUUGUCCUAUAAUCAUUUCCCUGUCAGAUAGGCGCAUUUGGGGUAAAGUUGCGGAAUUUCUAUUUCUCUGACUGAAUGUUUAACUUGAAUCUAAGUUAAAACUUUUGAACCCAAAGAGGUGACUUGCACCUUAUUUCUCCUAACACUGUCACUGCUAGAUUAAAUUUUACGGUUAUGAGAAUAAAGAAAAUGAUCACAACAGAAAGGAGCUCUUGUGAUAUUUUACCAUCUCUUUUAUCUUACGUUAUGUUUUUCUUGUCGAAGGUAAUUUUUUUACGUCGCAACAAACAAUUCAAAAGUAUAACGACGUAGCUACCUGAAAUUUCAAAAAAGGCAUGGCGCCUGUGUGUAACGAGUCGGAGACUGAAAUCGCGGGCACACUCAUGAUGAGCAAAGCGCAGAUUCUGGCAGGUUAUGAUGUCUGUGCGGGCAAUGUUCGCAUUGUUUUCAUCUCAGACCCUAAAAGGGUUACAGCAAGUUAUACCACAUCCGUUUCAAACUUGGCAUGUGAUUUGAAUUGCUUCUAUCCAUAUUUCUUUUGUUUCAGCGCGCUUUCUGUCGCCAAGGUUGAUAAAAACCAGGGGAAAUGAACAAUCUCUAUCUUUGCUGCCUUUCCAUUUUACUUUCAGACUUUUAUUAUCAUUAUUAUUAUUAUUAUUAUUAUUAUUAUUAUUAUUAUUAUUAUUUAUUAUUCUUGCGCCGUUCUUUCUAAAAGCUGGUGGCUUUUCGUUGUUAACUGCUCCCUUGUUAUUCGUAGGAUCGUCUUGCUAUCGCUCAUGAGCGUCGUAUGCUGGAGAAAGACAAGCAGUUAGGGCGAUGUUGGCAGUGUGAGGGACGGCGGGCGAGUCCUGCAGGACAGAUUCAUGCAGCAUCCCAAGGUAUAAAACUGACGGAAGUCGUAAAUAACACUUGUUUAAUCUUUUAAUUGAAUUAACCCCCUUAUUUUUUUAGCCUUUUCGCCUCCACUAAUUCAAAUAUAAGAUAGCGCCUUAUGCGUGUUGAACGAGGUUCCGGUCGGUUCAGAGUCAGCCGGAUCUUUUACAAAGUCAAUUUUCUCUUGGCACACCUCCGUUCAACUGACAUAAGCUUUGAGUCCCGAAUGAAUGAAAAAAAAAAUAUAGGUGACUCUUUGAAAACCUUUUUAUCCGUCACCUUCUAUGAAUGGACUCUACUUUGGCUGCAUAGCGGGUGCUGUGUUUGUUCUCGUCGCGCAUAUGGCUUGCUUCUCGGCGAGCGCCUGUUGCCCAAGCAAGACAUAUCUGUUCGUGGCAUGGCUCCUUCAAAAGUGUUCCAGUGAGAAGGAUUCCACUGUACAAUAGUAGAGGAUUAUAUUUAUAGAAAAAUGCUUAAAGUGGUUUGUGAGGAAGUAUGAAUAUGGUGGCUCAGAAACUGCUGAUGAAAUAUCUAUAACAGCUGAUGUUAGAAAUUCGGCUGAGCCGACAGAUGUGUAUGAGAGAGGUAAUCUGACUGAGAUCAGAAAUAAUGAAGGCGAUUUGCAGAAAGUUUUGGGACGAUAGUCAUCAGCGCGCUGUUAGGCAGUUCUUGUUAGCGUGGAUGGUGCCUGUAAAUCAUCUGCGUUGCAUGUCACUGCAUUUCCGAAGACUUGGGUCGAUUAGCGCUCAGUUUAGACUGCGCGGCACCAGGUUGAUUCCGUUUUUAUUAAAACCUAAUUAGCACGGGAAAAAUCUUCAGCGGUUAAGUUUUUGUUUUAAUGAGUGAUGAUUAAAUUAGAAAUAUCUUUUUGUCAGAUUUUACGAAGCGGUGUUUCCUGUGGUUUACCAAACACUGAUUCCAUUAUUAUCCUAAGAAUAAUGUGUGAUGAAAGGAAACCGAUAUCUGUGCAUUCUAGAGAACAAGUGGUCCUCUUGUAACCAUAUUGAUAUCACGUGCGUUUCGUAUAAGCAAUCCUUUUAAUUUCGAUGUGUUUCAAAUAUGACAAGAUAGAAUAUUUCCAAACUUUGCUUUGAAAGUCGGAAAAUGAUUUGCACGAGCGCACUUGUCUAAAGAAUUAUUUUUUUGCUAUCACAUAUACAUAAGCCAAAAAAGACUCGUCAAGAACGUUUGUCACCGAAAAAAUAGUGGAUCAGAAGUUACCUUAUACCUUCCUCUAAAAGUUUCUCGACAAGUCUUCUCGUUCAUUAACUGGCAUAUCCGUUGCAGGACUUGUCAAAAUGUCGUGACUCCCCUUCUUUACUGCUAGGGAAAACUUGUCAAAGAAAUCUUGCUGGUGUAAAUCAGGCUUAAAUCUUACAAUUAAAUGAACUGCAGCUUUUGAUGAAAACAAAAAACAAGAAUCAGGCCCUGAAUUUUAAAGUCUCUUUUCAGUCCGUAUGACAGAGAUUCUCUAUCUGAUGAUCAUUUUAUUUCAUUUAUUCUCAUAUCAACACAAACCAAUGAAGUCUGACCUUAAAAUCGCUGAAUAAUGACUUAACACACGAUUCUCAGAAAUCUGUGCACAUAUGAGUAUUUCGUGUAUUAUCCACGCUCGUAUUAUCCGUGGAUUUUCAGCUGAAUAAAGUUGUUUUGUCGUCAGAUUAUUGCCUGGUGUAAGUCUCUGAAAGGAAGUGGGACAAGCGCCAAGAUUAAAGCUGCGACAAUUCUUCUACUUUCACUGUUCAAACUUUUAAUCAUUUUAUAUUUAUAUUCUAGAUAAAUCACAUUUUUUUCCUUCCACAGAAAAUGGCCCUUCUUAAAGGUCAUACACACUCACUAAAAAAAGACUACUUACCGAUUUCUUGCUCUACACCGCCUUCAGUCCACAAACAAAGCACUUCCUCCGUCAUUUCACAACAGGUCUUGAUUCUUGGCUUAAUUUUCUUAAGCCGUGAAAAUGUUCUUUUGCUUACACAGAUAUUAGUUCCCAUCUCAUCGAUUUAUACUAAUCGUAAAGUCAUUUGAUUUCACAGUUUCAGAUUCGCCGGCAGUGGACACGUCAAUCCUUACCCACCCAUCCCUACCAAUGUCUGCACCUGAAACUCCUGACUUGUUGGUCAACACUCUGGAGUUGAAACGGACACUUCGAAAGUGGUCACAUGACAAAGAAAAGGUAACUGUGAUGUCUGCGGCAGACGAAAAAGUUAAAGAAAUGAAGUAUUAGACAAGUUAGUCGUAUUACCUGUGGCGAACUAAAUUACUCUGUUAUACUCUCCCACCGACACACGGCACCACAGUUUCUUUAGAAACUUACCCCCUUUAUUCAUUUACCAAUAGUAAAGUCGAUAAGAGCUUUCCUGAUAUCAUUCUGAACUUGAGGUACUUACCUUAGUAUCUUGCUCUAUUCGGAGAAAUCGAACGAUUCGGAAGAGUUCGUGAUGUCGAUAAGCUGAGGUCGAAGGUUUUGUGGCGGUUUCGGUCUUAGAUUGGGAUGAUAGCAAUGGGAAAUUGUUCAGUUCGAGAAUUGGGCGAUUAUUCAACGCUUUGCCUAGUCAGGCUGUUGUUAUCUCAAGCACGUGGUUGAAUUUAUUUAUUCAUCUCAGUUCAUGGUAGUCCGUAUUUGUAGUUGAUAUUCUGGGUCAAUUUUUUGGUGCCAAGUAAAAGAACGACUUAAAAGAGAUUUUUCUUUUGAAAUUUUUACCGUCGAGGUGGUUCUUGGACGUCUCCUCCUUUUGUCGACGUGAGUUGAUGAACUACUAUGACACAUUAAUUUUCGUCUUUUUUCAUCAGGAUGAAGAAUUUCUGGAACAAGAGGCGCAGUUUCUGAAUAGAUUGCAGAAGUCACGUGACACCAGCAAGCUUAAGUCCAGUCUUCCUUUGAAUUCAACUGUUUACUAAUGUGAUCACGUGAGUGGUAUAUCGUUGCUGAUGUCUGUACGAACUGAAGGAAUUUACUAUGCGGUCUUGUUUGUUUGUUUUUCUUUUUAAACGAUCGAGUCUCAUAGGUAGUAAAACCGCACACGCACAAGUAAGGACACGAACUUAUUGGUGAAGUCGUUCGUGGAUUGCACACUUCUAUUUAAUUUAAGAAAGUAACAUUUUCUUGCGGGCAAGCAAGUAAACAUCCUUCGUCGUGUGUUUAGAAGCUACAAAUGCUGCGGAGAAAUAUUUCAUUAUUGUUUUUGAGAAGUCGAGUGAAAAAUUAAUCAAAAUGACAGAACCAUUGAGUUUGGGCGACAGUCAGACGACGUGCGUACACGCGUCUCUUUUUUGUUGUGAAACAUCUUUAAAUUAAUAUUGUUAGCAUAAGAUUAUGUGCGUUUAUUAGUUUGUUUUUUUUUUUCGCUCAUUACUCGAUUAUCUUAGUUACCUUAGUUGGCAAUAUGUUGGCAUGCUAAGUUAUAUUUUUUCUCUCCAGUUCACCCUCUUAGUUUGUCAUCUCUUUUGUCUAAUGACCAAAUAGCCUUUUAACGAUAUAGGUUCGUGUGGCUCCUUGCCAGCUUCUAAACUCUCAAAUCUUUAUAGUCAGCCAGUCAGUCUGCGACGUUUUGACAUCAGACGCAAUUUAUAUUAAAAAGAAUGACGUCAACGGGAUGACGUGUGUUGUUUCUUGUUCAAUCGCUAUAACUCUGAGAUAGGCAACUUCAAUUAUUUUUUCUAGUAUCGAGAACAGUUAACGGAUCAACUCUUCUCGUAAACCUUACUUGCCCGCCAACGUAGCUAAUCAGUGACAUUUAAGAAACUUUUCACUUAUAUCCUAUGUUUUUCUUUCCUUUCAUUUCCUUUCAUUUUUCUUAUUUGGUAUAGAAGAGGUUUGGGGAGGUCACGUCACGGAAUUUCUCUUUUAUUUAUUCCUUUUCUAACCUCCAAUUUAACAAAAACCGCAAAAUGGAACGACAUCAAAGAUCAAAGAAUACACAAGAAAUAUAUGAGACUCUUAAAGCAUGGAGAAGUUCGUCAAGGAUUGCAAAUGACCACGUACGCCAAAUGUAGGCUGAAUUGUUGUAGAUGGGUAUACCUUGAUCAAGCCCCACUAUUAAAAGCAAUGAAUUUUACUUCAAUUCUUUUCUAAAAAAAAUAACUACUUUUUAAAACCCUUUUUUCUAUCUUUCUCUGCUGUAUUAGUCAGAACAUGACCUGUUCCAAGGUUCCGAUUAUCAAACAACUAGAUUCUCAUUCUACUUUUUGUGGCUUCAGGUCACAAAAUUUGGAGAAUUAUUUUGUCUUUCCAGGCAGAAAUGAUAAUGUACAGAUAUUUUACUUUGUGUAGCAAAAUCAUAAUAAAAUU